CCAUACAACCACCAAACUCACGCCGGCAAGAUCCUUAGAUUGCAGGGAAAAGAAGAAUAAAAAUCCCCAAUUCGAACAUGGCUUCUGUAGCGUUGAGAAUCCUCUGUGCAGCGAUCUUCCUGUUCAUGGCCGAUGGCGUGUCUCUGGCCACGGGUCCGGCAGCGGCGGCGGCGCCUGCGGCCCCGGUGGCCGCGGCGCCGAGCUCCGGGAAGCUGAACUUAACGGCCAUUCUGGAAAAGGCCAAGCAUUUCAAUACUUACAUAAACCUGCUGACGUCCACACAGGAGACCAGUCAGCUGCUAAAUCCUAAACAACAGGGGCUCACCCUUCUGGCCCCCUCGGACGCCGCUUUUGCAGCUCUGAAAUCCGGCACACUUCACACCCUUAGCGACCAGGACAAAAUUGCCCUUGUGAAAUACCACGCGUUGCCCCGCUAUUACACAUUCGGGCAGUUACAGACCGUGACCAACCCCGUUCUGACCUUGGCCUCGGGCAACGCAGGCCUCUUCGGGAUGAAUUUCUCUUCCAUCGGCAACAACGUUAAUGUGUCCACAGGUAUUGUGAACGCAGCGAUUUCCGGUCCCGUCUAUUCACAGAACCCCGUUGCCGUGUAUCAGGUCGACAAGGUGCUGCUUCCUCUGGGCGUUUUUGGCCCAAAGCCCCCAGCCCCUGCUCCCAUGCCCGAGGUCGGCACUCCCAUGCUCACCGUUUCUCCGUCAUCUGGCGGCUCUGCAACUUCUGGGUGUCAAUCCCGAUUUGUUUUCUCCAAUGGCUUUGCUCUGGCUAUGGCUGUUCUGUCUGUGGGAUUCGUGGCUUGCUUGUAACGGUGGUAUUAUUUGUUGUUGCUUUCGAAUUGCUGUGCUGUUGUGGGGUGGCCUUCCUUCCUUCCUUGCUUGACCUGAAUAAAGGCCAUUCUUUGUAAUUGCGGUGAUUUGUGUAGUAUUAUUGAAUUCUGUACGCGCCAUGUUCAGAUAUUGUAUUCUGUAUUUGAUAUUUUACAUUUUUGUUAUGAUAUGGGGAUUGCUGAUGGGUUUUGGAACGAUCUAUCAUUAGU